AUCAAUUUUCUAAGAACUUUUUCACAUAGAAAUGGUAAUUUGAUACUAUUGUCAAAUACUUUAUUUUUAGGUUUUAUGCAAUAUUGAAAAGCCUUGUUUCUCCUAUUUAUUUCAUCUAAGGUUGACUUCGCAAACAGCAUUGACAUGGUGGAAUUUAUUCUCAAUGAAACCAGUGUUAAAAAAUUGGAAAUAUUAUAAGGACUGGUGAUGAAACGACCAUAGCAUAGUGCCAUAAACAGCUCAGUAUAUGUCUGUCACAGGCAUUCUGCUAUUGGAGUCGCAGAUCCUCUCGCCUUUACCAGUGUUGUAUUGCCACUAGUCACACGUUUUUUGAAGGAUUUCAUGUGGGACUUCUAACAUCUUCUGAAAGUUGUAUUUCAUCAGAAGCGUUGACGUCAUUUCCAGAUACACUGAUCAAUUCCUUUUAUAACCACAAAGCCCAUGGAGUGCCCAAGGACGAGAUAAUCCAUGGGAGUUGCUAGACAUGUUACAACAUCAAAGAAUUAAUCAGUAAACGACACUCAUUGUUGACUUCAAGAGAACUUCUCUCCGCUUACUACAUCAUGCAGUGAAGAAGUUCCGUUCCAGCUAUAUCUGACCCAACUGUCAUUCCUUACUUCUCUUGUGAAAAUAUUAAAGUGCAUAAUUUAUUUAAAGAACUUGAACCACUGCAGCAGAGCUUUCUAUUGUUCUUUCAUAGGGAUGAUGAUACCAGAACAUUGGUGUUAAUCACAUACGCUAGGCUUACAGUGGUAAACAAGUGGUAACUGUUAAGUGUUUAAAGGCAGUUCUUAUGUUAUUUUACUAAAAAAAGGUAGUAGGAAAAAUUAAAAGGGAUUGUUAAAUUUCUUCAACAAGAUCAAUACACUGGUGAAGACAUCAUGAAACUGUUAAUAUCUUGAGAUAUUUUCCAAAUAGAGACAUCUCUUCUUAUUGUAAGAUUCCUAUUCUGAGAAAUCAUUCCUAGAAAUGACAGAUUGAAAUCGGAGGAAAUUAUAAAUUUAUGACUACAUUGUCAUUUGAAUAUAAAAAUGAAGAAAAAGACUGAAAAGAUUCAUUGAAAAUAAAUCAGAAUGCAUUUACACUUUGAACAAAACAUUUCAUCACGGACCGAGUGUACCAUACACUCUCUGUCAUGGAUGGGAAAAGUGCCGGACCUGGUGACCAAUGGGAGCGGAGAGACUCAGGGCGCAACACCCAGACGCCCCACACGCACUCAGUAUUACAGUGAGGGCUGGCUGGCCAGCGGGAAUGCUAAAGGCAUUGUGGGCGUCACAUUUACUGCCAGUCAUUGUCGGAAGUAUGACCCGCCCAACAGAUCAAACUUCAACCUUCGUGGUCAUAGAGCAGAGGUUACACUGGUACGUUGGAAUGAGCCCUACCAGAAGCUUGCCACAUGUGACACGCAGGGAAUCAUCUUCGUAUGGAUCAAACACGAGGGGCGCUGGUCCAUCGAGCUUAUCAAUGACCGCAAUUCACAGGUGACAGACUUUGCGUGGUCACAUGACGGGAACAUGGCGUUGAUCUGCUACUGUGAUGGUUUCGUGCUGGUGGGUUCGGUGGCUGGACACCGGUACUGGUCAUCUGUGCUGAACCUGGACAACACGUGCAUCACGUGUGGGGUCUGGUCACCAGAUGACCAAAAGGUGAUGUUUGGCACCACAGAUGGGCAGAUAAUUGUAAUGUCGUCCACUGGCGCGAUGAUCACCCAGAUUACGAUUCUUGACGGCAUGGAGAUUACCUCCCUUCUCUGGUCCUGUGAGAAGUUCAAGAUGGAGGAAAACAGCAGAAAGGAUUCUGUCGUUACCGUGGCUUCAGACAGUGAUGAGGGUGGACCAGGGUUGCAUGUGGACGAACGGGAACACACGCUGGCCGUGUGCUUUAAGUAUGGUUCCAUCUACUUCAUGAACAACUAUGAUGAUGUUUGUCCCCGCAUUGUACAUAGCAUGCUCACAGGUCUGAAGAUGGACUGGUCCCACUGUGGACUGUACCUGGCUGUGGGGGGUUUCACCCGGAUGCCGAACCUACUGUGUCAGAAUGAGGUUCACUUCUACACACCAUCAGGAGAACUUGCUCACUGGGAGCCAGUUCCUUCUCAGGGAAAGCCCCUGACAGCCUUGUGUUGGGGGCACUACGAUCGGAGGUUAUUUAUAGCUGCUGGUCAUCAGCUGCACGUGGCAUGGGUGGUAAAGCAUGUCCCGUCCCUGCAGUACCUCACACAGCGCAGCGUCCAAGCUCUCGUGAACAAAGAUCACAACAUUGAGAAACUGCCGCUUCCUGCCAAACUCUGCUCAAACCUUCAGGCCCUCUUCACUCCUACCAUUAAGAGCUACAUUCCAGACCCGUUUAAGCUACGAGCCUUUGUGAGUACGCCCCCGCCUGGCUCGGAACGCAUGUUCUGUACAAUGGUUUACCAUGGCGAUGAGGCGUCAGGGGGCCAUUACACCCUGUAUCUGGAGUACCUUGGGGGUCUGAUCCCACUACUGAAGGGCAAGCGGGCCAGCAAACUGAGACCGGACUUCAUUAUUUUUGAUCCAAAGAUAAAAGCAAAGGGGACUAGGAAAAAUGGAACCGAGCAGGAGGGUGUGUCCAUGUAUGACUCCGACCCAUGGAGCGAAAGUUCAACUUCAGACAGUGACAUAGAGACAGAUGGCUGUGGGGGGUCACCGCGGGUACCACGGAGAAAAAGCAGGAAACAGUUCCGUCCCGACCGUGUGGAACGCAGCACGACAUUCCGAACACUUAACGAUCUCUUCUACAAUGACAACCUACCUGAGAGCAGUAAGCUGGUUGAAGUCCUGUCCAACAUCUGGGGUACAAAGUUCCGUAUUGUGGGGACGGCAGCCCACCUACCAGAAGACCUGGGUAACGUCCUGUACAAGACAUCCUUACUUCACCUCCAGCCCCGUCAGAUGACAGUCACGGUGACUGAGAUGCCCCGGGACAACUCGCUGCUUGCCCAGGAUCAAAACUUCACACCCACGGGGGUGGAGGAAGAGUCAGACGGCAUGUCCCUACUGGAUGGCCUGUUGUCCGGUGCCCACAAUGAACAUUUCAUGAAGUUCAACAACAUUCCCAAUGGUCAGCUGGACAGUCUGACCAGUACGGACAAUGAGAUCAUAAGUGUGGACCUACUGACCAAUCACCUGGAGUUGUCCAGCCAUGUAGACAACGGGCUGGACACUGGAUCAACGGUCAACUGCUACCCAGACAGGCAGCAGAUCUCUGUGUGCAUGAAGACUAAGCUCUCCCCGGCCUCUGAGACCCAUCCACAGAAUAAUCAUGCAUUUAAUGUAGGGGAGGAGUCAUUAGUGAUAAACAACAGUAAUUACGGGGGAGCACGGCCUAAGGUGCCCAGGCAUGGCCAGUUUGCCACAAAUCAGGCAUUUAAUGAUGACUCUGGGGUGGUCGGAGUCAUCAGCUCAAAUCUCAUGAACAACUCUAAACUCUAUUCUAGUUUUGAUAGUCCGACAAGUGCUAGGUCGUCUAGCACGCGUUCAUCCAUUUCUAGUCAAAGCAGUAACAAAUCUCAAGUGACAGAGUCUCAAGCAGGGCAGAAAUCAAAUAGUGCAAUAGUUGGUGAUUAUUUUUUCGCCAACAUUGAGUGUAAUUAUUCAGAUCAUACGGGUGAUGACAAUGUAAAGACCUCGCGACCGGAUAGUAUUCACACAAACAAACAUGUGCCUAGUUUUGUUGACCAGUAUAUUCGUAAGGACAAUCCAGACAUGUACAUACAACGCUGGGCAGACCCAGCCUGUCAGGGGCUGAAAUAUGCGGACGAGGAUGAUCAGACGAGUCGAGAUACGACAUUCGAGGGAAAUAUUGUGUUUGACAGCAGUCAGGGCCUCACUCCCUCAUCAGAGUCACAGAAACGCUUGUAUUUGGAUUCUGAUCCAGUCAAUCAAGGGUCUAAGUCCACUGAUGACUCUGAUAUUGAUAGGUUAUGUGAUCAGCAAAAACUUCUUAAUGACAAAAAGAAAUUUAAGCAUGAUUUUUUUAAGUCGGAGAAAAAAAGAAGUAGUGUUGACUCCAGUGACACAGGAGUGGUGUUAAGACCAUUGAAUAAGGAUAAUCUACCGAAAGUGAAAACAAAUGACACCGAACACAUUCCAAAUGGAUUAGACAAGAAUUCAAAAGAGCACACAGACUAUAACAUGUCGCUUCUCAGUGAGUUUGAGCGUAUGGACAUCACACAGACCACUUCCUUGCCAUCAUCACCAUUCCACGUGCUCCACAAGCCAGACUCCCCAACUGUGAAGCUCAAGGAGGAAUUGAUUAAAAACGGCAAGUGCCGACAUCACAGCCCUCUGUUCAAACGGAAAGCCAAGCUGUGCAGAUCUAUUGAAAUGUCUGAUGAUGAUAACGAUUCGUCUGCAGAAGAUGUACGAAUUUCAUCCAACUACAAGAAUCUAGAAUCAUUCCAGAAAGCUCAACUAAAACACAAGUUACGGAAGGCUUUAAACAAGCGUGACAAGCGUGUAAGUAGCCGCCAGUUUACAUUACACAACAAGGCUCCUCUAUGGAACGAGAACUCACAGGUCUACCAGCUUGACUUUGGGGGGCGCGUUACCCAGGAGUCCGCAAAAAACUUUCAGGUGGAACAUCGAGGCAAACAGGUGAUGCAGUUUGGUCGAAUAGACAGCAAUGCAUACACGCUGGACUUUCAGUACCCAUUCACAGCCAUCCAGGCCUUCGCAGUCUCCCUCGCUAAUGUCACACAGCGCCUCAAGUAGCGCAGUUCCUAACAUCAAACAUUAGCUCAAGUAGCACCCUUGCUUUCAUCAUACAUUAGCUCAAGCAGCACCAUAUGCUCACCAUCUUGAUUAGGAUGUAGAUUUCUGUAAUUUUUUGAUAUUUGCUAGUAUUUGCAUUUCUAUCACGUCGUAAGUAAAAUAUUCUGCUAUACAGUAAGCAGAAGCACUGCAGAGUGAAUGCCAACGCUUGUCAGUUGUGUUUUAUUCAGUGAAAGGGGUUGUAACUAGACAAUAACUAAAUGAACAGUUAUGGGGGUAUAGUCUCUGGCAGCAUGUGUACUCAGUUUCAUUGGAAAAUAUUGAACCUUUUUUCAGUUAAGAUAAAAAUUUGUGCACAAUGACACUUUUGACAUCAUGCCCUUUGAAAAUACCUUGGCUUUUUUUUUUCUUUGAAAAACAGACAAGCUAAAAAUCUAACAUGAAUACAGAAGAAGUUCAGAUAUCCAUGGAAACACAAAUACGAAGCAUUGCAAAACUUGUCAAAAAAGCAACACAUAUUUCAAGGGGCAAUAAAUAAAAAAAACACAAUCAAUUUACAGUAUUAUGUUAAGAUCAAUCAAAAUUGCCUGUCUUUUCUGUCAUGUCUGUACCAUACUUGCACUAUUGUGUAUUUCUCUAUUUAUUCCAAUGUAAUAUUUCUGUACCAUGAAUAUCUAUAUUUAAGACAAGUGUGUAAUUUUUACAGAUCACACACAAAAACAGGUAAUGUUUUUGAGAAUUUAAGAAAAUAAAAUAUAAACAAAUAUAAUUUUAUUUGAUAUCUUUCAUUUUGAGAUUUAAAGGGACUGUACACCAUAUUGGCACCCAAAAAGUUUUUUUCUGUAACGAAUCUCAGGACAAUUAUUAAAUAAAAUGUUAUACUCUUUGAUAUCAUAAUUGUAAAAAAAAUACCAAAAUGUGAGAAAAAAAAUCAAGUCGGAGACCAGGUUCGAACUGGUGUCGCCAAAAUUGCAGUCCAGUGUCGUAUCCACUGUGCUACGAAGGCUUACCCUAAACGGUUGGAAUAUUUUAGCUAUACCUUACUUGGUAAUAUCACGUGAUAACAUCGACUAGCCAAUCACGCAUAAGGAAUAAAUUCUACUAGGUAGACAUAACUAGUAAUCUUUUUAAUGGAAAAAUAAG